AUGGGUAGCAUAACAACAACGACUUUCCAAGAUCCUUUUCAAGGCAUCCCAGCUGCCCGAGCACCAGAUGGCCUUGCAGCUCUCAUUUGGAAGUUCCUAGCGGAUACUGAUCCCAACAGAACUGAUCUCCUCGUGGGCGUGUACAAAACGGAGGAAGGGAAAGCAAUAGUUUCCGCCCAGACUCUCGGCGCAAGUGGCGGAUGUCACGUCGGAGCAGUCUUUUUGAAAAGUAAUUAUGGGCCGUGGAAGGAGAAUGUGAACGCUGAAAUUUUCCUGCCCAGCGAUACUUGGUUGAAUCAUCCUUUCGUCUUCCAGUCUGCGGGAAUCAAGCCCAGCAUUAUUCCAUAUUUUAGCAGCAAGACAAACACCGUUGAUUUUCAGAAUUUUUCAGAGGCCGUCAAGUCUUUGCCAACUCAAUCGGUGGUUCUUCUCCAGUCUGGAGCUCAGAACCCCACUGGAUGUGAUCCAUCGCCAGACCAGUGGCGAGAGCUAGCCUCAAUUUUCUUGGAGCGCGGUCAUUUAGCAUUCUUCGAUGCUGCAUAUCCUGGUUUUGCCUCGGGAGACAUUGACACAGAUCUUGAAGGUGUUCGUUUGUUUGCCGAGCGAGAGAUCCCGCUUGUUUUCGUCUCAACAUACGGAAAGUCCUUUGGGCUUUACAGCGAGCGCGUUGGGGUUGUAUCAAUUCUUGUUCCGAACGAGGAAACAGGAAAGAGAGUAGAAGCGCAACUGAGUCUCCUCGCACGCGCCGAGUCCGGCGCGCCACCCGAUUUCGGAUCCAAGAUUGUUGAGACGGUACUGUCAGAUGAGGCUUUGAAAAGCCAGUGGCGACAGGAAGUGCGUGAUAUGGCGAACCAGCUCAAGCACCGUCGAGCUACGCUAAGGGAAAUCUUGGAGAAAUUGGAAACACCAGGUAGCUGGCGGCAUAUUACUGAGCAGAACGGAAUGUUUUCAUAUGUUGGACUGUCUGUGGAGCAAGUCACUCUCCUCAGAGAGAAGCACCAUGUUUAUCUUCAGGACUCUGGGAGAAUUUCUAUCGCUGGGCUCAACAACUUCAAUAUCGAAUACACGGCUCGCAGUAUCAGCGAUGUCGUGAAAGCUACAGUCUAA